ACUUAGUCUUGGCGGCAGCCAUUUUGGUUUGUUCCUGCUUUGAUUGCUUGACCUGUGUUGACUGGAAUUGUGCAUUUUGGUUGUGAAGUGAAGCACUCUUCCGGAAUUGAAAACACUCUGUGUUAUAGAGCGACCAAUUAUUACCUUUUGAACGAAUCUGUACGUGAUCUAUCCAGACAGGAUAGAAUAACAUUUAUUUGUGGUGAUUGUUUAGAUUUGAUCAAUUGAACAAUUAUUGGUUGGAUAGCUGAGUGAUUAUAUUUGUUUAGAACCGCUAUCUUACCCAAUUACUUUGUUUUGGUUUCAAUCGGGCGAGGGCGCGUAUCUAACUCAUCCAGACAGCUGUCCAGCAGUCCAAACGUAGUUUGGAUCUUACAGUUCUAAACAAAUAUUUUGGUCGAAUUCGCUUGGCUUUCGUUUCGUUGAUUCCAAUCAUCGUCUCUGGGAAUAUUUGGUCGUUCGCUUGCGAUGCCGAACAAUCGUCGAAGGAAACUAAGUCCAAGGCUCGUGGAUAUUAAAAGAGAUGAACAAAAGGAUGGAUCCCCUCAAUCAAGGCAAGUGCCUUCUGAUGCUUCUAUGUGUCAUGGUUCAUAUUCUAAUAGGGACGAUUGUAAUUAUAGUGAAUCUAGUUGUGAUAUAAUGGCAGAUGGCAUAGAAAACCUUGAUUUAGACGUGAAGCAAGCAAAAGGCGUAAGGCCUACAGCGUUUUUCAUAGGUCCAGAGUUACUAAAGGUUGAGUUAAGUUAUUUCGACGGUCAACCAAGAGGUUACUGGAAGUUUUUAAGGGAGUUUGAGACCUAUGUGGAAUCAAGGGUCAAGGAUGAUGGUCAACGCUUGCUUUAUUUGAUACAUUAUUGUAAGGGUAAAGCGAAAACAGCCAUUGAGGGUUGUGUUAUGUUGGAAGCCUCUUUUGGUUACAAGAAGGCCAAAGAAAUUCUAAAACGGUUGUUCGGACAGGCGCAUGUAAUCGCUCGGGAAACUUUAGAGGACUUAUUCAAAACUACAAAUGUUGAUUACAGUGAUCCUGAGCAACUAACAAAUCUAGCUAUUAGGAUGGAAAAUUGUUCUAUGGUUUUGAAACAGAUGAAGUAUACUGCCGACUUAAAUUCUCUAAUUACCUUAGAGAGAAUAGUAGGACUCUUACCUCAAGUUAUGCAAGCCCAGUGGGCGGACUGGGUGGAUGAAUUGACUGAAGAUAAUAGAGAACCAACCUUUGACGAGCUUACUCAAUUUAUAGCAUCCCGCGCGAGAGUAGCUAAUAGUAGGUUUGGACGGUUAGCGAAUCGUCCGAGAAAGGGACACAACUUAAAGACAAAUUGUCACUUGCAAUUGGAGCAGGAGAAUAAUUCGAAAGAGAGAGCUAAAUGCAGUGUGUGUUCCCUGGACCAUGCUAUUUAUAAAUGUCCAAAUUUUUUAGCGCUUACCGUUCAAGAGAGAUGGUCUCACGCGAAGGUCAAUGGCAUCUGUUUUGUCUGCCUUAGGCAAGGGCAUAAAGUUAAUGAAUGUAAGAUGACAAGGCUCUGUAACGUUGACAGUUGUGAGAAGAGACAUCACGUUCUGUUGCACACUGACUCGACAAGCAACGUCGUAAAUGAUAAGCCAUCAUGCCCGGAAUAUAGGAGAAGAGUUGUUAACCAUACCAGUAAGGUACAGACAUUAGAGAACGAAAUACGUGAGCUUUAUGAUGUAGAGUUUUCAGAUGCUUAUUCAAGUGAUAAAUCAUUAUCAGUAGACGACAAGGCGGCUAUAAAGAUUGUGGAAAGGGGCACGCGCUUCGACAACGGUCAUUUUGUAGUUUCUAUACCGUGGAAAAAGAAUCCAAAUAUGAAAGUGGAUAAUUAUGAAGUAGCGAACCGUAGAUUACAAAGUUUGAAGGGUAUAUUGUCGAAGGAUGUCAGUCUGCACAUCAGGUAUAUCAACAGUAUUGAGAGUAAAUUUACUAAGACUUAUGCGGAGAGGGUCCUUGAAAUAUAUUUGCAGCCUAAUUAUCGCCCUCGAGGGUAUUCAUCUCAUCAUGCAGUGUUAAACAUGAAGAAACCAGAAGAACUUAGAGUGGUCCUUGAUUGUGCCGCCGAGUUUGCAGGGGUUUCCAUGAAUGAUAUGAUUUAUCAAGAACCCGAUACCACUGCUGAGUUAAUGUGCAUAUUAUUAAGUUUUCGCGAGGAGACAGUUGCAAUCCCUGCAGAUGUUAAGGAAAUGUUCAUGGAAGUGAAGUUCCCUGAGUCUGGUCGAGGAGCUUCAAGAUUUCUGUGGUGGCAGGAAGGGGACAUGUCGAGUGAACCAUCUGAGUUUCAAAUGACAAAUCAUGCAUUUGGUACCACAUCAUCGCCGUUUCGUGCGAACUUUGCCUUCAAUAAGACCGCACAAAUAUUCUCUGACGAUAGUGAGUUUAGAAAAACUGCUGUGGUCAACUUGAGUAUAAAGUACAACAUGUCACCUAUUCUCUCUUAUUACUCCGAGUGGUUGAAAUUAGUCAGGGCCGUAGCCUGGUUUAGAAGGUUCAUAAAAUUCCUGAUGGUACUUCGUUCCCCGAGUCAUGAAGGAUCCGUUCAUCUAGGAUGUUUAAAGGUCAAGGAGCUUGGUAUUGCCAAGCGUAAGAUUUUAUUGAUGGUUCAGAGAGAAGUGUAUGGAGAAUUACUUAGUGAAUUUAAAAACAGCAGUAAAGUAAUAUGUCAUGAUGGUCUGAAAGGUUUAGCAUUGAUAAUGUGUGAUGGGUUACUCUGCGUUGGAGGUCGACUAAGAUACUCAGAUUCCCCAAAUACUUUUAAACAUCCAGUAAUUUUACCCAGUCGACACUUAGUGACGGAAAUGAUUAUUAGACAUUGUCCUAAAGAACAAGGACACAUAGGAAGAUCAUUAGAAAAAGGGUAUGGAUAUGUGUUUUCUUGUUUGCAAACAUGGGCAGUACAUAUUGAAAUGAUGUGUAGUUUGAUUACUGAUUCAUUUAUAAUGGCCUUAUUACGUUGUAUUGGAAGAAGGAAACCUCCGGAGAUUUACAGUGACAGUGCGUCAAGCUUCGUGUGGGCAUUUUCUGAGUUAAGGAAGUUUGUGCAACAGUCGGAUCAGCAGAAGAUAAAUAGUGAAUUGUCAGCGAGGCCCUCAUCCAACAGCAUGGGUGGAGUUUGGGGAAGAGUGACUAAGUCUAUACCACGAGUGUUAUUGUUGAACACCAGAGAGCAAGUGAAACAGGUCUCCUUGAAGCUUCGGAUUAGUCUUUGUUGUUAUUAAUGUAGGUAGGUCGAGUAGGCGUACUGUUGUAAGUCCUACUCGUUCCUAUAGUGUCAUAUGCUACAUAAUGAACCAUGACCAUAGGCAUCAAGGCAGCUUGUGUGAUAUGGAGGGAUUUUGGGGGCCGGUGUAAGAUCCAUUUUGAAUGCUUUGUGUGUCUGUGAAAAUCCCUCCAUGUAUUUACUUGCACUUUGUUCCUAUUGAUCCCCUUAGUUGUACAUUGUUAACUUUUUGGCUACAUUUGAAUUGUUAAUAUCUGUAUUUUAUUAUAGUUUUCGUUUUUACUACACCUCCACUAAUUCCCCAUGUUUCUACCCGAACUGCACAUAUGUUGUUUUACUUGACACUUAGUCUUGGCGGCAGCCAUUUUGGUUUGUUCCUGCUUUGAUUGCUUGACCUGUGUUGACUGGAAUUGUGCAUUUUGGUUGUGAAGUGAAGCACUCUUCCGGAAUUGAAAACACUCUGUGUUAUAGAGCGACCAAUUAUUACCUUUUGAACGAAUCUGUACGUGAUCUAUCCAGACAGGAUAGAAUAACAUUUAUUUGUGGUGAUUGGUAAUUUUCUUGCAUCCUUUAUCAACUUUCUUAUUUAUUGUAGUUUAGAUUUGAUCAAUUGAACAAUUAUUGGUUGGAUAGCUGAGUGAUUAUAUUUGUUUAGGUAAUAAUGUACACUUAAUUUUAUGAUAAAUUAUAGAACCGCUAUCUUACCC